GAACAACAUCCAUCAUCCCAUCUGAACCCUAAAUCAACUAUAUUCAUAUUCCGAUUUCAAAACAUCUUCAACUCCACCUCCCAAACCCCCACUAGGUUACCAUGAAAAUCAUAAUCCUAGGCUCCGGAAUAGCAGGCCUCUCAGCAGCCAUCGCCCUCCGCCGCUCCUCCCACGAAGUUCUCGUCCCGAUCCACCUCGCCCCAAACGGGACCCGCGUCCUCCUCACCUGGGGCUUCUCGCCCCUCCGCGCACAGCUCGUCACAGCGCAUCGAUCCAUCUACGCGGAUGGGAAGACGCUACAGGUGAAUCAUGAGGAGGUGUGGGAUGGUGUUGAGGGGGUGUAUGGGGCGAGGUUUUAUCUUGCGCAUCAGGUUGAUCUUUGGGGGGAGUUGGAGUUAUUGGCGAGGGAGGCGGGGGUGCGUUGUUUUUGGGGGUUGGGAGAAAGAGGGAGGGGGGGAGAGAGGCUGAUUGUUGAGCAGGAUCCGGAGAAUGGAGUAGUGAUGUUAGCGGAUGGGACAGAGAGAAAGGGCGACUUGAUCGUAGCAGCGGAUGGUAUUCAUUCCAGGGCAGUGAAGUACGUCGUGGGGUUCGAUAACCCAGCGAGGAAGACGGGGACGGCGUGUUUUCGGUGCCUGAUUCCGAGUGAGGAGAUUCUGGGGGAUGAGGAGACGAGGGAGUUGAUGGAGGGGCAUGAGGGGCUUUUUAGGUAUUUGCCGGAUGGGGAGGGGAGGGUGCUGGUUUGGUAUCCUUGUCGGGGGAAUAAAGUUCAGAAUAUUGCUCAUAUUGUGCCUGAGCAUGAGGGGCUGGGGGCACGGGAAGGCGAGAAAGCGAAAGAUAUCAAGUUGUGGACAUUGCUGUCUAGAGAUCCGCUUCCGACAUGGCAUAAGUCACGUUUGGUGCUCAUAGGAGAUGCAGCUCAUCCUAUGCUUCCGAUGCAAGGACAAGCAGGUUCCCAAGCAAUCGAAGACGGUGCAGCUCUCGGGAUAAUGUUCUCAAAUUUCGACGCCACAGAUGAAAAAUCGAUAUCAGAUCGUCUAAAAAUGUUCGCAAACGUGAGAAUGAAUAAAGCUUCAGCGAUGCAGAAAUUGUCGGACAUGACUUUGGGUGAUCCGGAAGAUUUGGAGAAAGCUACACAGCCUUAUAUGCCGGGAGAAACUGUUCCUGUGACGGUUGCAGAGCAGAUUCGAUAUAGGUUUAGUCAGAAUGUGUUUAAAGAUUGUGAGAAGGAGUUGGAGAAGGUGAAGGAGCAGAAUAGUGGGUGAGAUGCUUAGAGUUGUGCUUAUAGAAUGGUCCAAAAUCGAUUCAUGGUCAAUGGAGUCCUUUAUGGAUCACUUGAGUCUACCGAAAUUCUCCAAAAAGAGGAAACAAUAACGUGGUACUGAGAUGACAAGUUGAAUACAGUAAUGAUAAGCCAUACUUCGGCGGAUCCUCG